GCUCUGAAGCUUGAGGAAUUUGGUGUGAGUGGAUCAGAUGCUGAAAACGUGUGUUAUUUACGAGAUUUAGCUGAUGCAAACAGGAUUGCAGAUGUCAUGCAAUCCUCUGUUGGUGGGAAUGCUGUUGUCAUUGGUGGUGGCUACAUAGGAAUGGAGUGCGCUGCAUCUCUGGUGAUCAAUAAAAUAAAUGUAACCAUGGUUUUUCCAGAAGCACAUUGCAUGGCCCGGCUAUUUACACCCAAGAUUGCAAGUUAUUAUGAAGAUUAUUACACAUCUAAAGGGGUGAAGUUCAUUAAAGGAACUGUCUUGUCAUCAUUUGACAUCGACUCCAGUGGGAAGGUUGUAGCUGUUAAUCUUAGGGAUGGAAGUCGAUUGCCUGCAGACAUGGUUGUAGUAGGGAUUGGAAUACGUCCAAACACAAGCCUUUUUGAAGGUCAACUAACUUUGGAGAAGGGUGGGAUUAAAGUAAAUGGACGAUUGCAAUCAAGCAACAGCUCAAUUUAUGCAGUUGGCGAUGUUGCGGCAUUUCCACUCAAAAUAUUUGGUGAAAUCCGAAGGCUUGAGCAUGUUGACUCUGCUCGAAAAUCCGCAAGACAUGCUGUUUCCGCAAUUAUGGAACCAGACAAAACAGGCGAAUUCAACUACCUGCCAUUCUUCUACUCUAGAGUCUUUGCGUUGUCUUGGCAAUUUUAUGGGGACAACGCUGGGGAAGUAGUCCAUUAUGGGGAUUUCUCAGGAAAUACAUUUGGUGCUUACUGGGUGAGUAAGGGUCAUCUUGUUGGAUCUUUUCUUGAAGGUGGAACGAAAGAAGAGUAUGAAGCUAUAGCCAAAGCCACAAGCUUGAAGCCAGAAAUUGAAGAUUUAGCCGAGCUGGAGAGGCAAGGUUUGGGUUUUGCUUUGGCAGUUAGUCGGGAAGCAGUGCAGUCACCACCUCCUGCUGUGGUAAAUCAGAGUUCUGGCCUUGUUUUAGAGAAAGCCUUAUAUCCUUGGCAUGCAACAGCUGGUGUUAUUCUUGCUGCAUCCGUGGCUGCAUUUGCAUAUUGGUAUGGGAGGAGGCGCCGAAGAUGGUAGGAGACUACUUGCGGGUAUGGCAAAUGGCAAGUGGAAGGUUAUUGAUGUUUUCUGAUUUAAUUCUGUAAUAUUCAUGUUGUAACAUUGAUAGAAGUAGGAUUUGGGAUACAUUUGAUCUUAUAUGAUAUAAUCACUUGUAUUCAUCAGAGAAUAUAUUGUAUACGAAAUCGUAUCCUUGUUGAUAAUUUAAGAGAACUGUCAUUACAUUAUCUAAUAAAAAUUCUAGGAUCAUUUACAGGUGGACAGGAAGAAAUGUUAAAGAGAC